AUGGGAUCGAAAGUUAGUCAAAUAAUAGAUGAAUCGUCUGAAUCUAUUAGAAAUAAUAAUAAUAGUUCAAUACCAAUAUCCUCAUUUCCACAACGUCAAAAUUAUUUGUUAGAUGAUGAUGAAAAUUAUGAAUUAUUUACAAUAGUAUGGUUAGAUCAAAUAUCAAAUACAAAUUCACUUGAUUCAUUACGUACAAAAACUUUAUUAAAACAAAUUAAUAAUAAUGAUAAUUGUUUUUUUUAUAAUGAUAUUAAUUUAUUUCUUGAUGAUAUAAAUGAAAAAAUAAAAUUUGAAAAUAAAAUUUUAUUAGUUGUUUCAGGAUCAUUUGCUGAAAGAAUUUUAUCUAUAUCAACAAAAUUAGAUGCUACUAUUUCAACUAUAAUUAUAUUUUGCAAUGAUUCAACUAAAUAUAAAAAAUACUUAAAUAAAUAUAAUGUAACUGAUAUUUGCAGUGAUCAUGAUUCAUUAAAAAAUUCUAUUCAACGUGAAUUACCAUCAUUAAAAUUUAAUUUAUUUGAAAAUCAGCCAUUUAAAACAACACGACUAUUAACAACAAAAUCAUUUUCAUCAUCAAUACAAGAUUAUAAUAAUACAAGUGCUUUUUUUUCAUAUAUUCUAUUUAUUGAAUUAUUAAAAAAAAUUCCUCAGAAUGAACAAGCUAAACAAAUUAUGUUAAAUAAAUGUAAAGAUUAUUAUCGAAGAGAUAAAAAUGAACUCGAAAAAAUUGAAAAGUUUCGACAAAAUUAUUCUUCAUCAAAUGCUAUUGACUGGUAUACAAGAGAUUCAUUUAUUUAUAAACUUGUUAAUAAAGCAUUUAGAACUGAAGAUACAGCAUUAUGGUAUUUAUUUCGAUUUUUUAUUGUUGAUUUAUGUACACAAAUAGAACAAGUUCAUCAAGCACAACAAAUAAAAAACUCUUAUACAGUUUAUCGUGGUCAAGCACGUAUGACAAAUAAAGAAUUUGAUAAUAUUAAAUCUAAUAUUGGUAGUUUAAUAUCAACAAAUGGUUUUCUUUCAACAUCAAAAUCUUUAGAUAUUGCAUUACAAUUUAUAGCUGGUGCAACAGAUUGUCAAGAUUUUAAAGUUGUUCUUUUUCAAAUUGAAAUUCCUUCAGAUAAAAUUCAAAAUACAAUUUUUGUUGAUGUAGAGCAAUAUUUAAAUGGAACUGAUGAAAAAGAAAUACUUUUUAAUAUUGGAUCAGUUUUUAUAAUUGAAAAUGUUGAACGUGAUGAACAACGUAAUUUCUGGAGAAUUCAAAUGAGUGCAACAGAUCAAGGAACAUUUGAAAUUAAACAAAGAAUUGAUUUCAUUAUAAAAGAAUUUCAAUCAUUUAAUAUUAAUUUAUUAUUUGGCAGAUUAUUAAUCGAUAUGCACCAAUACGUCAAAGCUGAAGCUUAUUUUAGAAUGAUAUUACAAGAAUUACCUAAUGAUCAUCAAGAUUUACCUUCAAUACAUGAUUAUAUUGGUAAUAUAAACAUGUGUACGAGUAAUUAUGAAAAAUCGAUGAUAAGUUUUAAUAUAGCAUAUGAUUUAAAAUGUAAACGAUUUCCAUCGAAUCAUCCAGAAUUGGCUGUUACACUGAACAAUUUCGGUAAUUAUUAUAAAGCCAUUGGAAAUAUGAAUAAAGCAUUGAAAUAUUAUAAUAAAGCAUUAAAAUGUCAGAAUGAUCCAUUGAAUAAUGCAAUUACAAUAUUAAAUAUUGGAACAAUGCAUAUGAAAAAUGGUCAUUAUCGUCAAGCAGAAGAUUUUUGUUUACAAUCACGUGAUAGUCUUCAACAAAUUGAACCUUGUCCAUAUGCUGAAAUAAUUGUUUGUCAAGGAAUUUUAGGUGAAAUUUUAUUCUUACAACAAGCUUAUAUUGAAGCAGAAAAUUUUUAUUUAACAGCUUUUGAAUUAUCUAAAAAACAUUUAUAUAUUGGUCAUAUUCAUUUAAUACAUUCUAUUGAAGCACUUGCAGAUUUAUAUGAAAAACUUGAUGGAAAUAAUAAACGUGCACUUAAAUUUUGUUUUGAACAGUUAUCUAUGCAUAAAGAAUAUUUAUUCGAUGAAAAUCAUGUUAGUAUUGCUUUUAUUCAAAUGAAAAUUGGACAACUAUUGAAUGAUAAGAGUUAUUAUGAGAAAGCAUUGACAAUCUUUGAAAAAAAUCUGCAUCAACAUUAUGAAUCAACAUCAAAUUGUUUAAUUAUUUUAGCUAAAUUUUAUCAAAAUGAGCAAGCUUUAUCUUUAUAUUCUAAAGCUAAUGAAAUUCAAAGAAAAAUUUAUCCAUCUAAACAUUCUUCAAUAUUAAAUAGCCAACAAAUGAUUAAUAAUUUAACUAAAUAUAAAACACAUCUACCAAUCAAGAAAAUUAAUCUUCAAAAUCAUUCAUUAAAUGUUGAUUUACAGCAGCUAAGUGAAUCUCAAAUCGAUGAUAAUGUUCUUUCCCCGUCAAACACAUUUAUAGAUGAAUUCAGUUCGGAUGAAAAUAAAUUUGUUGGACAUUUUCAAACAUUUGAUUCAGAUCACAAUGAAAAAAAUGCACAUACAAAUUUAAUUGAAGAAAACUUUAUGGAAAAAGAUGAAUUUAAAGAACAAAAAUCGAAAGUUAUUGAUAUAAAACAUAAUCCAAUAAGUUGUAAUCGAUUUUUAGAAAAAACAAAUGUUAUUAACGAAGAUAUUAUAUUAUCAAGAUUUGAAAAGUUUAAAUGA